UGACGCGCUAACAAUCGCGCUUUACUUUAAACAGACGUUGACUUUUCUCUCUCGUAGUGAAGCAGGGUCAGGAUGACAGAAAACGACGUAGAUAACGAGCUGUUGGACUAUGAAGAUGAUGAGGUGGAGGCCGGAGGGGUUGGAGAUGUUGGAGGUGCAAGUGAGAUGUUGAUAAGGAAGGAGGAAGUGAAGGGCUCCUAUGUGUCCAUUCACUCCUCUGGAUUCAGAGACUUUCUGCUGAAACCUGAACUGCUGAGAGCCAUAGUGGAUUGUGGGUUUGAACAUCCGUCUGAGGUUCAGCAUGAAUGCAUCCCUCAGGCAAUCCUGGGUAUGGAUGUGCUCUGUCAAGCCAAGUCUGGGAUGGGGAAGACAGCAGUGUUUGUUCUUGCCACCCUGCAGCAGCUAGAGCCCAUCACCGGUCAGGUCUCUGUCCUGGUUAUGUGCCAUACCAGAGAGCUGGCGUUUCAGAUCAGCAAGGAAUAUGAGAGAUUUUCAAAGUACAUGCCCACUGUUAAGGUGGCAGUGUUCUUUGGAGGCGUCACUCUGAGACAGGAUAUUUCUAAUUUUAGAGAUAGUGCAGCGCGUGCAUAUGUGAAAGGGCCUUCAGUCAUCAUUAUUGAAUCUUUAGUCACUGCAUCUAGAUGAGUUUGUAAUACACUGUAAAUAAUGUUCUCUUCCUUAGACAUGCGCAGAGAUGUCCAAGAGAUUUUCCGUAUGACUCCCCACGAGAAGCAGGUCAUGAUGUUCAGCGCCACCCUGAGUAAAGAGAUCCGCCCAGUCUGCAGAAAGUUCAUGCAAGAUCCGAUGGAAAUCUUUGUAGAUGACGAAACCAAGCUAACUCUGCAUGGGCUGCAGCAGUACUACGUCAAGCUGAAGGAUAAUGAGAAAAACAGAAAGCUCUUCGAUCUCCUGGACGCACUAGAGUUCAAUCAGGUGGUGAUCUUUGUGAAGUCCGUCCAGCGUUGUGUAGCUCUGGCUCAGCUGCUUGUGGAGCAGAACUUUCCAGCGAUUGCCAUCCAUCGAGGGAUGCCUCAGGAGGAACGUUUGUCUCGCUACCAGCAGUUCAAGGACUUCCAGAGGCGAAUCCUGGUGGCCACCAACCUGUUUGGACGAGGGAUGGACAUUGAGAGAGUCAUUAUUGCCUUCAAUUAUGACAUGCCAGAAGACUCUGACACUUACCUUCACAGGGUUGCUCGAGCAGGCAGGUUUGGAACGAAAGGCCUGGCCAUCACAUUUGUGUCUGAUGAAGGUGACGCCCGCACACUCAACGAUGUCCAGGACCGCUUCGAGGUGAACAUCGGCGAGCUGCCAGAAGAGAUAGACAUCUCCUCGUACAUUGAACCAGCACGAUAAACGAGCCGGACGCUCCAGUUGGACUUCGAUUCACUUUGCAGUUUUACUCUGAUGGAAGAUGCAGACUGUGUUUGUAUGAAACCUGGCACGUCCAACAGCAGAUAUUUACCCAAGCCUGUGCUUAUUGAAAGGAAGAACGCAGGGGCACAGCUCCCUCUGCAGGAAUGAUUCAGAAUAGACUUUGUAUGAUAUGAUUUAAGUUUCUAAUGUCGGUAUUUGUUAAUAUAUAAUUCAAGUUAUCUGGUUUUCUAGGUGUGAGUGGAAGUACCAGAGGUAGUUUAGUAUUGACAGUAGAAAGGCACUGUUUACUGCUGUGGAUUAAUAAAGUUUGCCUGGUAAGGUCUCCUUUAUUCUUCAUCUUCUCCUUUUUUAAAUCCACAUCCACACUCGUGCUGUUGGGAUACAUGCACAAUGUGUUUGUUAUCGUCUGACACUCAGACUUGUCAGGAUGGCAGCACAGUUUUCUUUAAAACCUCUACAUACCAUUAACGGUGCUUUCACCAAUAUUCACGGCAUAGGUGUAAAUGGAGCCUCAUAAUAUCAUACAUGACAGGAAGUUUGAUCCAUCGUUUCCAAAAGGAAUCUCUUAUGUUUAAUAUCAUCCAUCCAUCCAUCCAUUCACUUCCGCUUCUCCUUUUCAGGGCUGCGG